CAAAGGACGGCUCUUGCAUUUACCGAGAUGAUGCUUGAUCAGCAGUAAAUACCCCAAUCUUUGCUGGCUUGCUCGACCACAUCGCAGAUCGGAAACUAGCCGGGCAUCAUGACGCUCUUUGUCUCUCAUCCAUGCAUGUAUGAAUCAGGUCUUUUGGGAGUUGUCUCACCACCCAGCAGCCACCGCCGUGGUAGGAGUCGUGUAACAAACACCAGCAUGUGUCCCAUCAUGGGCACACAUCGACAUGAUAUAUCUGCUGCUACCCUCCACCAGCCUCCCCAUUGUCGAUCCCCCGGCUUACGGGUUUUGCCACUGCGUCACCUCUCAGCUCUCAGCUGUCUCGUGCCCAGACGUCAGAUAAUCCCCGAGACAGCUCUGGAGCCAAAGUAAAUGCUGCUUAGCUGGCGCAGAGUGAUAUCAUUUUGCCUACUCAAUUGGCACCACUACUACAUAGUAAAGUCCAUCCAAAACAACAUGACGGCGGUAGGAACAGGCCGCCUC